AUGCCUUGUGGAUAUAUUGAAAGUGAUUGUGCUCACGAAGCUUCAAAAUAUCUAUAACUCUAUUUUCCUGUGCUCAAUGCAAAAGAUGGCACCCACUAAAGAGUUGUAAAUGGUUUACUUAGAUGUGGAUGUGGAUUAGUGUUAAGGGCGAAAGAGCUAUUUAAUUGGGCAAAAUAGCAAGGUAAAAUUGUUAAUGCACUAGGAAGUGGUCUCUACCUCGUUUAUGAAGAAAAUACCGAAAAUGGUCAAGGUCAUGUUUAUGUAAUUCAUAAUCAUCAAAAAUAUGGAAACGGCAAUUAUAACUGGGAUAAAUCAAAAUAUAGAGUUUAUAUUUAGCUAAAAUGA